UGGUGGAGGCGCCUAGAGAGUCAUCAGCGGCUAUCCCAUACGUGAUACCAUCUCAAGAGACAUACUUGAUUUCUCUGAGGCAUCGCUUGGUGAGGAUUUUCUGCGUCAAGAUGGUCAGCCACCCAGAUCGAGAAACAUCUAACCCGCCGCCGUCUGCACAAGGCCGCGCGAGACUGCACGGGGGACGGACGCACCUUGGUACCGAUAUUCGUAAUCUUUUUGAUCGCGCAGCCCUCUCCGGUACGCCUGUUCUUUGCAGCGACGACGAGACCGUAGGCGCCCUGGCCGAGUUCCUUGUGGAACGUAUAAUCUUGAUCGACGAUGAACGUCUGCUGGAGCGCUCGGAAAGAGUGGGGAAAGAGGAAGGGGGCAAUAAAUCGAGAGCGGCGGGGUGGCAGUGUUUCCCCAGUUGGCUCUCGCUCUCUCUGCUCUGUGCGGUCGUGGUCAAUGUACCGCAGAGUAUCCCAACGAUGGUUCUUUCUCGUUGA